UUCGGGAUUUUAUCCCGAGAUCUCGGGAUUUUUUGAAGCAGUUGGGAUUUUUUUGGGAUUUAUUUCUCAAAUGGUAAUCUCGGGAUUUUUUUAGGGAUUUUUGGGAGAGGGAAGUUUGGAAUUUGGGAAAAAAUGUUUUCGUUAAAUUGAUAAAUAAACAUAUUAAAAAUCCAAGGUAUUGAAAUAAUAUAUAGCGUAAAUUAAUACUUGCGGCAAAAACGUUACUUAAAGUCACUCAAUAAAGACUAUUUGUACAAUCGGUUAUGCAGAGAAGUACCGCUUUAUAAACGCACACUGAGCGGACCUGGUACUAGGGUGCGCCAAAGCUGAGGACUGGGGUCGAAAUUAGAAUCUCGGGAUUUUAGGGGGAAUCUCGGGAUAUUUCAGGCGGUUACUUGGGAUUUUUACAAAAUUACAGUUGGCAACACUGGCGACAAAUACAAAAACAAAGAAGUAUGAAUGCAGUCAUUGCACUUUGUCAUUUUUGUGAAAUCCAUGGUCCUAGUGUCUUAUUUUGCACGCAGGCUUUUCAUGAUGAUCCAGUGAGUAAUGCUCUCGGGACACAAAAGGAUGCAAGUAGAAGGUCAUCUCAGUCAAGUGCUUCUAAUGUCUCACCAUCAAAAUCAUCUCAACCAAAAUCCAACCAGUGUGAGGCAUGCAGAUCAAUCCCACCUGACCAUCCAGGUUUUUUGAGUGUGGAUAAACAUACAAGUGUUUCGUAUUCCAGUAGUCGUAAUCCAGCCCAUCAUGAUGUGUACGUUGUUGUACGACAAGCAUGUGUACGGAGCCUAAGUUGUGAAAUAUGUCCUGGUCGAGAAGGACCAAUAUUUUUCGGAGAGGAUGCUAAUGGAUAUGUUUUAAGUCACACGUUUUAUCUUAAAGAUUCUCAAGCCAGAGGUCUUCGCCGUUGGUACAGCAUUAUAAUUGUUAUGAUGGAUCGAAUAUACCUUAUUAAUUCAUGGUCAUUUCUAGUGAAACAUUUUAAAGAAAUAAUUGACAAACUUCAAAAAAUGGCUGUAGAGGUUUUUAAUUCUGAACAAGCAGCUCGCUUUGAAAGGUCAGGCAGAGAUAGUAGAAACAGAUUUACCAGUUCAGAUGUCUUGCGUCGACAACACAGGGCCUCAUUUCGCGCGAUUCAGGAUUUAACAAAAGACAAGCAUUUAUUUCACUAUCUUCAUCUGUACUUUGCUUGGAUACUUAAAGCUGGUGCACAUCGAGUGACAGAGAAAGUUCUAGAAGGCCCUCCUAGGGAGGAACUCCUGACAGAUUACGAAGCACAACAAGCAGAGGACAAGUUGGAAGCGACUUCUGAGAAGAAAGUUGGAUCACCUGUGUUUACAACAUUAAGACAAAUGCUCCAGGUCUUAGGUUCUGCAAAAUUUCAUCUCCUGGCAUUCAACGUUGUGCAAGGAAACCAAUUAAUUAUCCGAGGAGAACCUGAGGAACUUGUUUUAUCGAUCUUUGAAACAUUAAAGAUUCUUAUUCCUAACAGAUGUUUCAAAUGUGUACCGUACAGUGAUAUUUAUCAGGAAUCGUGGGCAUGCAACUUUCUCGGUUUAAAAAUUGGCACCAAAAUUCCUACCCAUAUUUUGGAAUCGCAUUUAUAUACAUUAAUGGAUAUUAAGGAACAUACAAACUUCUCAGAUCAAGCAAGUAUUCAUCCCUUAAAACGCUACAAUUUUGAAAUACAUGAGACCACAGAGCUUGUCCAUGGAUCUCAGAUUCUCAAAAAAAUCGAGGAAGCUUUGGUUAACAAGCAUUUUUCUGACAGUGUUCUCGAUCAAUAUCUUUGCGCACUCAAAGAGGAGUGGAUGGACAAAGUUAAAGUGAUUUUCAAAUUCUCCAGAUCAGGACCACGUACAUCAGAAGAGAAAGAGAGAUUAUUCAAAGUGCUGGAUGCCAAACCUGAAGACGAAAUUAUUUUAAAAUUCUGGAUGACUGGUUUCAAUAAAGAAUAUCGUUCGCAUUUAUUAACUUGUUCACAGACGGCGACCAACCCUACUUGACGUACAUUAUAUAUGACAGAUGCAUAUAUAACCAGGGUUGAAAGCUAUGUGAAGAUCACCAGUCGAAUAUGAGGUGCUUAGCACCGGGCUGAUCAUUGAAAAUUGAGAAAUUUUGCAUGUUUCAGAUUUUUUCGACAGACUCCUAAUGACCCUGGCUCAUACUCGUUUAAAACCAUAGCGCACAAUAUGCAGAGAUUUCGUCGCAUUUCAAAAAUAUGACAGACGUUAUAAACAAAGCGUUUGUUCACAUUACGACUGAAUAUCAUCUUUAAAACACAAGAGCCAAAGCCGUACAUCAAAGAUCAUCUGUACGAGAUUUUCAAGGCUUGGUUUAAAUGGUUAUAACGAUAUAAGCGCCUUGUUUUAAACGUCAUAUUUCCGUCGCGUCCAACGCAACUGAUCUAUUUUUGAAUAAACGAAACUGGGACAAG